UCUCUCUCUCUCUCUCUCAAUUUCCCCCCCUCCGUGUGUGUGUAGUUGAAUGUGUAAUUGCUUUCUCUAGAGGUGCCAAAAAACUUCUCUGUAUGCUCUCUCUUCUGAGCAUACUUGUUUCGCCAAUACAAGCUAGCAGCACGUACUCUUUUCAAAGAUCGCAUAUAUAGGUGAGCGUAGAGCUAUCUCCAAAUUUAUACCUUAAACCAUCCAAUUUCUUCUUCUCUGCUCCACCACCAUAUAUUUCUAAAGAACUGCAACAUGUCAGCUGCCAUCGCCGCCGCCGCCGCCGCCGCUGCAGUGGCUUGCAAUUCUACAGUUUCAUCAAGAAAUGGAAACAAUCAUCAACAGCUGCAACAGGUAACCUUAUCACCACCAACAGUGCCACAACCGCCGCCAUCGCUGCCAUUAAGUCGUUAUGAAUCCCAAAAGAGACGAGACUGGAAUACUUUUGGCCAGUACCUCAGAAACCACCGCCCACCCUUAGCACUAUCCCGGUGUAGCGGCGCUCAUGUCCUGGAGUUCUUGAGGUACCUUGACCAGUUUGGCAAGACAAAGGUGCAUAACCAGACUUGUCCAUUUUUUGGUCACCAGCACCCACCAGCUCCUUGCCCUUGUCCACUUAAGCAGGCGUGGGGAAGCCUCGACGCGCUGAUCGGACGCCUCCGAGCAGCCUUCGAGGAAAACGGCGGCCUGCCUGAGACCAACCCUUUUGGUGCACGCGCUGUCAGACUAUACCUUAGGGAAGUGAGAGAUGAACAAGCUAAGGCGAGAGGGAUAGCUUACGAGAAGAAGAAGAGAAAGAAGCCACAACAACACAAGCAGCAGCAACAGUUACAAUCUUCAAAUGGUCACAAUAAUCAAAUUCAACAUGGUGGUGGUGGUGGUGGUGGUGGCCGCGGCGGUGUUAGUGGUGGAUUUGCUGAAAGAAACAUGCUAAGUAGGGCGAUGGUUAAUAUGGGGGAUUUGUCGGUAUUUAAUUAAGGGGAUGUUGAUGUGUUUGGUGUUAUGCUAGGGUUUAUGUUUUGUAGUCUUUGAUUGUAUUUCUGCUUCUUUCUAAUUGCUUUUGUUUAUAUGAGUAAUUAAAGAGAAAAUCUUUUUCUUC